AUGCUGUCGACGCUGCUGAGGCCGAAAAAGAGGCGCGCCAACAAGUCGCCCUUCUCGAGCCCCUUUAACAGUUCGCCCUUGGCUGCGCGCAAUGACUACGACCAGAUUGACGACAACGAGGGUGCGGGUGAUUACGACGACGACGACGGCGGCGAAGAUGAUCUGGACACACCGCUGUUGCCCAUCUUCUCGGCCGCACACUUGGACAAACUGCCCCUGUACAACAUCACGCACUCCUGCCGCAUACUGAUCGUGCAAAAGUGCGAGACCACCCUCACAUGGGACCAACUUCGCUCGCCUCAGGUCUCUCAAUUCUUGGUCAAACCCAUCCAGUCGCAGAUCCGCAAAGACCACUUCAACCGAGCGACCAUCUGCGCCCUGAUCGCAAAUUGCUUGCAGUUCCAGAAAGAGGCACAACAAGAUGCAGGAAACGCUGGCGUGAGCAAGACAAGAGCCAUGGUGUCCGAGUUGCUAGCCAUUCGCCUGCUGAAGGAGUUCAAUCUCCGUGAACUGAUCGAUGCGCUGAGUUACGACUUCAAUCCGCUCGAGGGCCUGGACGCUCCCGAGGGAGGCGCGCAGUUGAGGCAGUACAACAGGUCUGCGCGUAUCUCAACCGUCGAGAUCGCCAUCCGCGCUCAGGCCAAGCGCUUCCUGGCCCACCCGCUGGUCGUACAGCAGCUCGAGGCCAUCUGGGCAGGUAGCAUCGUCUUCCACUCGGCCGCUGACAAUCUCCACCGCAAACCGCCUACACCACCUCCCACCAGAGGAAGAAGUGGCUAUGGCACGAUCGCAGACACCGCUGCUUCUCAACCGCUCCCGACCAACAACUCGCAGCCUAGUUUCAGACGAAGUGUCACUCUCUACAAUCCCAAAGAUGCUUCACUCUUCAAGCUGUCUCGCUUGAGAGUGCCACGCUAUAGACAGCUCUUCUCUACCCUCUCCUUCGCCAUCAUGCUAGGCUUGUUCUUGGCUGUCUUGGUCGAUCGUUCUACCGAAAUCACUCCUCUCGAGAUCGUCUUUUGGUUUUGGAGUGCUGGCUACAUGCUCGACGAACUCGUGGGUUUCUCCGAGCAAGGCUUUGGCCUCUACAUUAUGAGUGUGUGGAACGCUUUUGACUUGGGUAUCUUGCUUUGCUUCUUCGCUUACUACGUACUCCGCCUCUAUGGUAUCUUGAUACCUGCUGCGCGCAGGCAUCAUACUGCCCAUAUGGCUUACGAUGUCCUGGCAUCCACCGCCGUACUGCUGUUCCCACGUGCAUUCAACGUCUUGGAUCAUUACAAGUACUUUUCGCAGCUGCUCAUUGCCUUUCGCUUGAUGGUCCAAGACAUGAUUGCCAUCCUUGUCCUCAUAGUCAUUGCCUGUAGUGGCUUCUUUGUUGCCUUCACACUGUCUUUCAGUGAAGAGAAGGCGGAGGCCUCCAAGGUUGCAUAUGCAUUGUAA